AUGUGCUACGACCGCUACGUUGCCAUCUGCAAACCCCUGCACUACGGGACCCUCCUGGGCAGCAGAGCUUGUGCCCACAUGGCAGCAGCUGCCUGGGCCACUGGCUUUCUCAAUGCUCUGCUGCACACAGCCAAUACAUUUUCCCUGCCCCUGUGCCAGGGCAAUGCCCUGGGCCAGUUCUUCUGUGAACUCCCACACAUCCUCAAGCUCUCCUGCUCACACUCAGGCUACCUCAGGGAAAUUGGGCUCAUUGUGGCUAGUGCCUGUUUAGGGUUUGCUUGCUUUGUUUUCAUUGUUUUCUCCUAUGUGCAGAUCUUCAGGGCUGUGCUGAGGAUCCCCUCUGAGCAGGGACGGCACAAAGCCUUUUCCACGUGCCUCCCUCACCUGGCUGUGGUCUCCCUGUUUGUCAGCACUGGUACAUUUGGCUACCUGAAGCCCCCCUCCAUCUCCUCCCCAUCCCUGGAUCUGGCCCUGUCAGUUCUGUACUCCGUGGUUCCUCCAGCACUGAACCCCCUCAUCUACAGCCUGAGGAACCAGGAGCUCAGGGAUGCCAUAAAGAAAGUGAUUACUGGAUGCUUGUCAGGAGCAAUAAAGUGCCUGUUUUCUGGUGCAUAG